AUGAGGAUGUUCCUCUUUCUCUUUGCUGUUUUCUUCUUUCUGACCCCAGCCAAGAAUGAAUUUUUUAAUGAAAGAUGCAACAAGCUUAACGGAAAAUGCUUGACAAGUUGUCAUAAAAAUGAAGAAAUUGUUGGUCUCUGCAAGAAGUCAAAGAUAUGUUGCCUGGACCUUCAGCCUUGCGGGUAG